AUGGGUGUUUUUAAAUUAAUAGUAGCGUUGUCUACUAUUAUAGCAGCAAUCUCAACACUACCUUUGAGAAGUCAGACAUCACAUGAUUUAAUUGAAGAAAAUUUGAAAACGCAGGAUGAUUCAUUUACGAAUUUGGUAAUACCCGAACAAGCUAAUAUUAUUUUUGAAGAUGGAAAUGAAAAUCUGGUGACAAGUAGAGUUAGCUCAACAAAAGAAACAAAAGAAGUUGGAAAUGGAAUACAGCUGAGGAAUAUUGAAUCCAGCUCUAGGAACAAUCUAAGAGCUGGUAUGACUGCAACAAGAUAUGACAUUAAACUAACACCUGAUUUGGGUGCUGGAACUUUUGCUGGGGUUGCGAGGGUUUCGGUGCAAGUUAGUGAUGCCACGGUAGGAGAUGCUGUAAAGUUUCACUUCGAAGACUUAACGGUAUCAUCCGUUAAAAGAAUUUCUGGUGGUACAUCUUCUGAUGUCAAUAAUGUUAACACUGACGACGGGGUAUUAGAAAUUGAUACUGGUAUAGAAUCGACGUUACACGAUUUUGAAAUACAAUAUACGGGAUCGUUAGCGUCAGCUGGAAUUGGAUUCUAUACAGGUGCCUAUGACGAAGAGUGA